AUGACAAAAGCGUGUUUCUUCCACCCCGGCACCGAUGUCCUUCAGAGUGGCAAGAAGCCGGAAGACAUCGGGAUUAUCAACCAGAAGGGCCUCAGUCGCAAGCACAUCUUCGACGGCGUGAAGGCAAGCCUCAAGCGACUACAGGUCGAUCACAUUGAUCUGCUGCAAUGUCACCGCUUCGAUUAUGACACCCCGAUCGAAGAGACAGCAAGUAUGCAAGCCCUCCACGAUGUCGUCCAAGCCGGAUAUGUGCGCUACAUCGGCAUGAGCUCCUGCUGGGCUUAUCAAUUCCAUGCCAUGCAAAACUACGCGAUCACGCACAACCUCACGCCGUUUGUGUCCAUGCAGAACCACUACAGCCUCCUGUACCGCGAGGAGGAACGUGAGAUGAUGCCCACGCUCAAGAUGUUCGGGGUUGGGUCGAUUCCCUAUUCACCUCUCGGUCGUGGGCUCCUGUGCCGUCCGGUCAACGCAGAGGAGACGCUGCGCAAGCAGACCGACACGUGA